AGCUGAGGGGCCGGGAGAGGAAUCCUCUGGCAGCGAGGGAGAGCAAGAAGGAAGCUCCCACAAGCUCAUCAGCAAAGUGUCCACAUCAGGCCAGAUGAGGAGCAAGAAAAGUGUGAAGGAAGGACAUUUACUGAAACAGACCAGCUCUUUCCAGAGGUGGAAGAGGAGAUACGUCAGAAUUCGAGGAAAGACCCUAUACUAUGCCAAAGACUCCAAGUCCCUGAUCUUUGAUGAGGUUGAUCUUACUGAUGCCAGCGUGGCCGAGACCAGCACGAAGAACAUAAACAACAGUUUUACAGUGAUCACCCCAUUCCGAAAGCUCAUCCUGUGUGCAGAGAACCGGAAGGAGAUGGAAGAUUGGAUGGGCGCCCUGAAAGCUGUCCAGAAGUGGGCAGCUAACGAGCAUUUUCAGCUGACAUCAGACCACUUCUCCAGCGCUCACAACUGGUACACGUGCUCUCAUGCUCGCCCCACCUUCUGCAAUGUCUGCCGGGAAGCCCUCUCAGGGGUCACCUCCCAUGGCCUGUCCUGCGAAGUGUGUAAAUUCAAAGUUCACAAACGGUGUGCUGUGCGAGCCAGCUCCACCUGCAAAUGGACCACCCUGGCUACCAUAGGCAAUGACAUCAUCGAGGAUGAAGAUGGAGUGGCGAUGCCCCAUCAGUGGCUGGAAGGGAACCUGCCCGUCAAUGCCCGCUGUGCCUCAUGUGACCGCAUGUGUGGCAGUGUCCGGAGGCUACAAGAUUAUAAAUGCCUGUGGUGCAAGGCCAUUAUUCAUGGGACCUGCAGAGACCAGUUUUCCAAGAAAUGCCCCCUGGGACAGUACAGAGUGUCCAUCCUCCCACCAACAGUUCUGAACUGCAUGGACUCAGAUGGGUUCUGGAAGGCCUCUUGCCCAGGAGCCUGCUCCAGCCCUCUACUUGCUUUUGUCAAUUCCAAGAGUGGUGACAAUCAAGGUGUUCGUUUCCUCCGGAAAUUCAAACAGUUCCUGAACCCAGCACAGGUGUUUGACCUGAUGAAUGGGGGGCCUCACCUGGGGCUCCGUCUGUUCCAGAGGUUCUCCACCUUCCGGAUCCUGGUGUGUGGUGGAGAUGGCAGCGUGGGCUGGGUUCUCUCCGAAAUUGACACUCUUGGAUUACACAAACAGUGCCAGCUUGGGGUUCUGCCCCUGGGAACUGGCAACGACCUGGCCCGUGUGCUGGGCUGGGGAAGCCUGUGUGAUGACGACACUCAGCUCCUACAGAUUCUGGAGAAGAUGGAGCGGGCCACCACCAAGAUGCUGGACAGGUGGAGCGUAAUGACUUGGGAGGCCCCCGGAGGAAUGCUCACACGUAGGGCUGGACAGUGUACCCCAGUGAGCAACAGAACAGAUAUGCUGAUUCGGGAGCUGGAGACGGAGCCCCAGGCCGCUUCAGGUGGUUACACCCCUUUGGCUGCUCCGGCUGCAGAGGAAGAGGAUGAGGGCGAUGAGGAUGACUUUGAAGGGGGAGCUGUGGGCGGUGCCCCUGCAGAGGUGUGCCAGCCCUCCAGCUUGGUGCCCCCGGCCUUCAAAUCCAAGGAUCAGAUGGUGCUGAGAGCUAACAGCCUGAAGAAGGCUUUGAGGCAGAUCAUUGAGCAGGCGGAACAAGAUUCCCGCCGAGACACUGUGUCCUCCACCGCGUCAUCUGUCUUUCUGGACCAACCUGAUGACUCAAGCUCGAGCAACUUUGCUGAGGAGCCCGUCACCAUUCAAUUCUCUGAAAAGUGCGUCAUGAACAACUAUUUUGGUAUUGGCCUGGAUGCGAAGAUUUCUCUGGAGUUCAACAACAAAAGGGAUGAACACCCCAAGAAGUGCAGCAGUCGCACCAAGAACAUGAUGUGGUAUGGGGUACUGGGAACCAAGGAACUUCUGCAGCGUACCUACAAGAACCUGGAGCAGCGAGUGCAGCUCGAGUGUGAUGGUAAAAUCAUGGCCUUGCCUAGUCUGCAGGGAAUUGCCGUGCUCAACAUUCCCAGCUAUGCAGGAGGCAUCAACUUCUGGGGCGGCACCAAGGAAGAUAAUAAUUUUGGAGCACCUUCCUUUGAUGAUAAGAAGCUUGAAGUGGUGGCAGUGUUUGGCAGCAUCCAGAUGGCCGUGUCCCGAGUCAUCAACCUUCAGCAUCACCGCAUCGCCCAGUGCCGUGUGGUCAAGAUCACCAUCUGCGGCGAUGAGGGGGUGCCUGUGCAAGUGGAUGGAGAGGCCUGGGUCCAGCCCCCAGGUAUCAUCAAAAUUCAGCAUAAGAACCGAGCCCAGAUGCUGACCAGAGACCGGGCCUUUGAGAGCACCCUCAAGUCAUGGGAAGACAAGCAGAAGGGAGAAAGCUACCGAUCAACCCGACCCCGGCUCAACUCCCAGCAGUCCAUGGAAUAUCUCACUGAAGAAGAAUACAGGCUGCUGCAGCGCUUUGCCCGCUCUGCCGACAUCCUCAUCACCAGGAUCCGUGAGGUGGCCAAGAUUCACAAGGCUAUAGAGCAGGAGCUGGCCCACUCAGUGAAUGGCUGUGCCUCGGCCCUGACUGAAGUGCUGCCCAGCAAGCGCAGUGGAAGCAGUCCUGAGAGCCUGAGCAGAAACUCAGCUGUGGAAGUUUCAAUUAGCGUGAAAUCCUUGUACAAUGAAGCUAGAGCUUAUGUGGAAGGGAAGUUGCAGCUGGACAGCCCCCGGCGGGAGGAGGGGCUGCAGGUUGCCCUAGCCAACGUCAGCCAGGAGCUGGAGAAGGUGUCUGAAAUCCACUGGAUGGCCCCCAUACUCAAUGCUGUCACUGAAGAGGAGAGUUUGGGACACACAAGCAAGGGCAGCUUCAGGUUGCGCCUAAACAUCUCCCGAGGAAAGAAAAGCAAGCCCCACCAGGUUAAAUGGAGCAGUUCUGUCUCAGGAUUUAGGAAUAAGAAAGGUUGGCCACGUGAAGAAGAUCCUUCAGGGAAUUAAAGACAUUAGCCACAACCUGUGAAAUGCUGAAGGGAGAGAGCCCUGCAGCUUGGAACUCCUGACACAAAGCCACCGACGACCACGCUGAUGACAACAAUGACAACUAUGAUGACUCUAAACCUAUAUGAUUGCAGACUCAAUUAUUCCAGAACAGACACGGACCCUCGGUAGGGCUGUCAGACAAUGCUUUCCACUAAUGUGACAUUCUCAACUUUAUCAGGUUUCCUUAGAAGUUUACAUUUCCACAUUGGCCAAAGAUCAUUGGAUGGAGUUGUUCUUCAGUUCUCCCUCUCUGUGCUUCUUUACUGGCUCUGGUUAAAUGAGUUAAGCUUCUGCAUAUGCCUGGGAUCUAGAAGAAUGGCCUUCUUUGGGUGCUUUGGACAUAGUGUUUUCCCUGAUGGGUCAGGGUCACCUGGCUGAUUUUGUGACUUGGGAUUCUGGAAUGUCUUUGGCCUUCCCUUUGGAGUUGGUUUACUAGGAGAAGGUGGGAGGAGAGGCGUUUGUGCCAUGGAGUGUGGGAACUAGGUCCUAGGGGCUUCUCUCCUAGCCUUAAUUAUGUGGCUGCAUCCUUUAUUAUCCCUGAGUUGAGCCCCCAUCAGUGGUCUAAGCUUAAUUGUGCUACCUUGACCCCCUGGAGACUCAUCAUGCAUGUCAAAUACUAUGCCUUUCUUGUAGAUGUGGCUUGCAGAUUCUCUGCAAGUAGUCUAUGCUGCCUGUGUGUGUGUGUGUGUAUAUAUGUAUGCGUAUAUAUAUAC